UUCUUCAAAGUUGAAAUUACAGCUAUAUUUCAAAACUCGUAAGGACCCUGAGUAAACAGGUUAAUCCGAGUAGGUUUUCGAACAGUUUACCAUAUAAAUCCUGUAUUAAUCCUUUAAUCCACGCUGUAUGUGGAGUUUCCGACACGGCAAUUAACACAAAUGUAUCUCUAAUCUUUGUGGUCUACAUGAUGCAGAUUUUCGAUUUCCAUAAUUCGUCCACUCGCCCCUUCUUCGCUUCUCCUGUACCUUAACAUAUCUAAUCAGCAUAAUUUGCAAUACAUACGAGGCAGAACGAUACCAUUGAAGGAAUCUGGCACUAGCACGUGCGUUGAAAUGCUUCACCAUGACAACUGUUUACAUUUAAUUAGAAUUGUUUACAAAUUCUAAAGCCGACGUGACUGUUGUUCUGAUUGUUCGGUUCAAUGCGACGAAUUAAAACGUUGUUUUACAACACAUUUUAACAAUGGCAAGCUAUCAACUCGAGCUCAGAGCGCGACGUAGGAACGUUUUUGUGACACAGUUGAGAGAUCAAGAAGAUAUCGACGAUGGUAAAACUGAUUUCAUCAAGAAACAUGCAGUUGUUAAUGAAUCUUCCGACAAGCUCUUGUCCAGCGGCAUCAAGACUCUGCAGUCAACUCUUCUCGUCAAACAAGCGAACGAAGCUGACAAAAUCGACGAGCUUUUACAAACAAAAAGAAAAGAGUAUCAUGAAAAGAUGAAGAUGUGCAAGAAUAGGGAGGAACUGCUUCGGAAAAGACAGCAACAGAUUGAAGAAAGAGUGAAUAAAUUUGAUAAGUUUAUCAAAGAAACAGAGGCAAAACGAAGACGUGCCUUAGAGAAAUACCAGAAUGAGAAAAGACUGAAAGAACAAAAGACCAAAGAAUUAGAAAUUUACACAAAAGAACUCAGGAAACUUAGACAACGGCAUAAAAGUUUGCAGAAGAAAGUUGAAACGUAUUCGGUGUAUCAGAAAUACUUGAUGAGGGUAAUUGACAUCACUCCUGGAGAUUAUUUUGACAAUACCAACGAUUCAGUCCUGCUGGGUAUCAUGGCACGACAUAAAACACUCUAUUCCAUGUUCGAGAUACUCGCCGCUGCACUUAGCAGCAAAACUGACGAGAUAAAGGCGAACCAACAAAUUAUCCUUAACACUCGUCAAGAAUACAAUCAACAAAUACUGAUCGACAAUCACGAAAUUGCAAAGCUGCAGAACAAGUUGGAAGAUUUAACGCACGGCAACGCUCAACUUGAACACGUUCUCCAGACAAAUGACGAUAUUUACAGACAUCAGCGAACCACUCUUGGUCAGGUGAAAAUGGCUGUACUGAAUCUGGCUGAGAAAUGCGUACGAAAACAUUGUGCACCUUUGGUUGACUGUGACGAUAUUUUUGAAAUGCUUUCUGUCAUUCAGGUGUUCAUACGAGACCAUCAGGACAUAUGUUCAAUGGCUAGAACUAUGAAAACACCAGACGACGCUGAGCAGUCAAACAGCGAUAAAAAGACUAAAAUAAACGUCUAUCAAUAUUUGGCCAGACCCUCGCAAAAUGUUCUUGUCCCAACGCACUCCGAGGAGUUUCCCUGAGCGGGCGAAUUGAAAAUAAAUA